GGUGUACACCGCCUUCCAAGCGAAUGCAGCUGAGAUAGGCUCCAGCACUCCCCGCGACCCCAAAAGGGACCAGCGGUCGAAAAUGGAUGGAUGGAUGGAAAACGUGUAUAAUCAUAUGUCUUAUUAUUGAAGUUCCGACAGCCUCUGAAAGCACCACUGCUGCCUUCAGGGAACGGUCGGGUUCUUGAGCGAUCAUCUCCGUGCGUGUGACCACGUCGCGGCACCCAGUGACGUCAUCGUAAAGGCGGGCGUUGAGGGACCGAACAGAUGCUGACGAAGAGAGGAAAAGUGUUGAGAAAAAGUGAAAAGACGCUGCGGACGACUUUUGUUCACACUUUGGUCACCACCGCAGCCUGCUCGGCGCCGCCAGCGACAAGCAAAAUCUAACCAACAUGCUGGUCAUCCAGUACCUGACCUGCUGCAGUCUAUUAGUGCUACUGAAGACGGUUCUUGCCCAGUAUGAGCACCCGGGCUACCCAGAGCCACAGGAGCAGUACUCUGCCCCCCAGCUGGCUCCCGACACGCCCAGGAUUCAGCUUCGACUGGCCGGGGAUAAGAGGAAGCACAACGAGGGUCGUGUGGAGGUCUUCUACAACAGCCAGUGGGGAACUGUCUGCGAUGACGACUUCAGCAUCCACGCCGCACAGGUGGUGUGUCGAGAGCUGGGAUACGUGGAAGCGGUAUCGUGGUCGCCCUCGUCCAAAUACGGGAAAGGAGAAGGACCCAUAUGGUUUGACAAUCUCCACUGCACGGGCAAAGAGAAGACCUUAUCACUGUGUCCCUCCAAUGGCAUUGGUGUGUCUGACUGCAAGCACACCGAAGACGUGGGUGUGAUGUGCAGCGACAAGAGGAUCCCUGGAUUUAAAUUUGUCAACACCCUGCCCAACCAUGUGGAGAAUCUUGAUAUUCAAGUUGAAGAUGUGCGCAUUCGAGCCAUUUUGUCAUCACUACGCAAGCGGAUCCCUGUGACAGAGGGCUAUGUGGAGGUGAAGGAUGGCGGUAAAUGGAAGCAGAUCUGUAAUGCCGAGUGGAGCCAGUUUAACAGCAGAGUCAUCUGCGGCAUGUUUGGAUUCCCUUCGGAGAGGAAGUUUAAUACCAGAGUCUACAAGAUGUUUGCUCGCAGGAGAAAGCCAACAUACUGGGAGUUCUCCGUAAACUGCACCGGCACCGAGGCCCAUCUGUCCAGCUGCAAACUGGGACAGGUUGAUUCCUUGAGUUCCAAUGGGACCUGUGACGGUGGCUUGCCAGUGGUGGUGAGCUGUGUGCCUGGCAGAGCCUUUGCCCCGUCAUCUACCACUGGAUUCAAAAAGGCCUUUAAACAAGAGCAACCACUGGUCCGUCUACGUGGUGGAGCCAUUGUGGGCGAGGGCCGUGUAGAAGUGUUGAAGAAUGGAGAGUGGGGCACCAUAUGUGAUGACAAAUGGAACCUGCUGUCGUCCACCGUGGUCUGUCGUGAGUUGGGCUUUGGUACCGCCAUUGAAGCUCUGUCAGGAGGUCGGCUCGGACAAGGAAUGGGCCCAGUGCACAUGAACGAAGUGAAUUGUUCUGGAUUUGAGAAGUCCAUCACUGAGUGUUCCUUCAACAAGGAGUCUGCGGACUGCAGCCAUGAGGAGGAUGCGGCCAUCCGAUGUAACGUCCCUGCUAUGGGCUUCCAGGAAAGACUUCGUUUGAGUGGCGGUCGCAGUCCCUUCGAUGGUCGCGUGGAAGUACUGAUGGAGAAGAACGGCUCCCUGGUGUGGGGGACUGUGUGCGGCGAGGGCUGGGGAACCAUGGAGGCCAUGGUGGUCUGCAGACAGCUGGGCCUUGGCUUUGCCAGCAAUGCUUUCCAGGAGGCGUGGUACUGGCAAGGCGAGGUGAGUGCAGACAGUGUGGUGAUGAGCGGCGUCCGCUGCUCUGGUACUGAGAUGUCGUUGUCCCACUGUCUGCACCAUGGAGACCACCUCGCUUGUCCCAAGGGGGCCGCACACAAUGCUGCUGGAGUUUCCUGCUCGGAGACGGCUCCUGACCUGGUGCUGAACCCCCAGGUGGUGGAGCAGACCACCUACAUGGAGGACAGGCCCAUGUUCAUGCUGCAAUGUGCCUACGAGGAGAACUGCCUGUCCUCCUCCUCCAAACAGAUGCCCGCCAACUCCUACCGCCGGCUGCUGCGCUUCUCCUCGCAGAUCCACAACAACGGCCACUCCGACUUCCGGCCCAAAAUUGGCCGCCACGCCUGGGUGUGGCACGACUGUCACAGGCAUUACCACAGCAUGGAGGUGUUCACCAUCUACGACCUCUUUAAUCUCAACGGGACUAAAGUGGCAGAAGGACACAAAGCCAGUUUUUGUCUGGAGGACUCGGAGUGCGAUGAAGGCAUUGAAAAAAAGUAUGUGUGCGACAACUUUGGAGAGCAAGGCAUCACGGUGGGCUGCUGGGACACGUACAGACACGACAUCGACUGCCAAUGGAUCGACAUCACUGACAUCCAGCCUGGCGAUUACAUGUUCCAGAUUAUAAUUAAUCCAAACUAUGAGGUGCCCGAGUCCGACUACAGCAACAACAUCUUGAAAUGUAGCUGCCGAUAUGAUGGCCAUCGUGUGUGGAUGUACAGCUGCCACAAUGGUGGAUCUUUGAGCACUGAGACGGAGCAGACUUCUCCGGGCCUCCUCAACAAUCAGGUCACCCACAGGUAAAAAGCCACCACUCGCCCCACAGGGAGACCCUCCGGAGCCCACAGUUGGGACACAUCUUGCAGUCCCCCACAGUUUGCAGCUCCACCUUCCUACGGAGCCUGCAAGCGAGCACUAGAAAUGACUGAGUGUUUUAUCAGGGAACAUCUUUAUAAAACUGUGCGUAACUGAAGAACCUCCACUGGAGGGUGACGGUGAUCAAGCUUUGAUUUAAUGGUGUGCUGAAAAAAGGGCUUUUGGCUUCGAUUUAUAGACACUGAAAAUACUGGGCUUAUGCAUCAGUGAUUAGUUCAAAGUUGUCAAAGCCAAUCUAUUCCUCUUCUUGUCUCUGUCUUAUUUUGUAUCUUUGUGCAGCCAUGGAAUAUGGCUGAUCCGCCUACAUACACUCAUUAGACAAAAGUAUUGGGACGGCUGGCCAUUGCACAACAGGAGCUAAAAAAUAGAAAAAUAAAUUGCUGUCCACCUUCGUGAAAACUCUACAAAAAUGUUGGCGUCCGUGGGAAUUAUUGCUCAUUUGUGAAGUCGACUCAGCCUUUUGAUGUGCGGACUCUGUUUUAGUAACAUGCUGUCAGUGUAAUCAUGUUUCUUUCCCCCCCCCCCCCAAAUGCUUUUGUACAAUGGUGUGUGUGACCUCCAUGUUGUUGUACUUUGUAUUACGGUGCUAUCAACCUGGCCCUCUGUUUUCUGAGGGUGCAGUACGUGUUGUAAGUGUGUGUACCAACUGUGUACUUGAAGUGAGCAUAAGAAAAGUGUGUUAUAGUAUAAUAAAGUUACAGAGCAAACAAAAACACACAAUCCCGCUUUCAUUUCUGAUUCCCUUGUUAGAGACUCCCUUUUGUUCACUGCAAAAACUGAAAUCUAAGUAAGAUGAAAUAUCUCAAAUAAGGGUGAUAUUUGCUUAUUUU